CUGAAAUAGAUUAAAUAUAAAGUAUUUCACAAUUUCAAUUUAAAAUGUGUUUAUGUGUAAUUUAAUUCUGUAAUUCUUAAUGCUUUAAUUUGAGUGAAAACAAAACAUCGUAAAUAUAUAUGACGUCACAUAAGGCCGGUGCUGAUAGCCUGGCAGAUGGUACUCGUGGGGAAAGUGUACCCACGCUAGCUAAUCUCGCGCGAUGCAUUAUGGGACUUUAUGUAAAGCCAACAUGGCGGCCGCCUGCGCCAGAUCGCUGGGUAAGGUCGGUUGGACGAUUGUGCAAAGUCCUGUUCUCCGCCGACCCGGCAACGGCGCCCUCCUGCCGGGGAACACCGGCUCUCGAGUGUCCCGGAGGUCCUACUUCGGCGGCGGCAAGACUGGAGCCCGCUCUGGACUGCUGUGGUCUUUGCGGGGAGGCGGAAGCCGUGCGCUGAGCUGCGCCUUCCUGGUCGGCGGCGGUGUUGGGCUCUAUCAUACCGUUAAAUUCUACUGGGACCAGCAGCGACACCUGGCCCAGGAGCAAGCCCAGGCGGCCCCUGCAGGAGGUCCUUCGCUGUCGGCUUCUCCAUCCCUGACGCUGUACCAGUACCAAACGUGUCCGUUCUGCAGCAAAGUGCGAGCCUUCAUGGACUACCACGGCCUGGCCUACCGCGUGGUGGAGGUGAACCCCGUCAUGCGACGGGAGAUCAAGUGGUCGACCUACAGGAAGGUUCCCAUCCUCAUGGUGGACGAGCACCUGCAACUGAACGACUCGUCUGUCAUCAUCAGCUCACUCAAGACCUACUUAGUCAGCAAGGGUUCUAGCAUGUCAGACAUUUUGCGCUGUUACCCCGAGCUGAAAUCUGUGAACGACAGCGGCAAGGAGGUGACAGAGUACAGCAACAAGUAUUGGCUCAUGCUCAGCGAGGACGAGACGGCCGCCGUCUACCCCGACAAAGGCAUGCAGAAGGAAGAGAUGAAGUGGCGUCAGUGGGCCGACGACUGGCUGGUGCACCUGAUCUCGCCUAACGUGUACCGCAGCACCAGCGAGGCCCUGGCCUCCUUCGACUACAUCGUGCGAGAGGGCAAGUUUGGCGCUCUGGAGGGAGUCUUCGCUAAGUACAUUGGCGCCGCCGCCAUGUUUGUCAUCGCCAAGCGCCUCAAGAGCCGACACAAUCUUCAGGACGAUGUGCGUCAGGACCUGUACAAGGCCGUCAACGACUGGGUGGCGGCUGUCGGCAAGAAGAGGAAGUUCAUGGGCGGAGAGCGGCCCAACUUGGCCGACCUGGCGGUGUUUGGCGUCCUGCGUGUGAUGGAGGGCCUGGAGGCCUUCGACGACAUGAUGGCCAACACCAAGGUGAAGCCAUGGUACCGGCGCAUGGAGGCGGCCACGCGCAACCAUAAUGACCGCUCAUAGUCAUCACGGUAACCGCGUUGUUCACAAAAAGAAACUGAAACUGCUUUGCAGAGGACAUGGGGACUUAUCGAUGCUCAUAUGAUCGUAUUGUUUUUCUUUGGAAUAUUGCAGUCAUGCUCAAUAUUCAAUGCAAUAUAAGGUGGAGUUUUAUGGUUGUCAGUGGCUGAGCUCCUCUGUUGUAAAGUUUCAUUUGGGUUCCUUAAAGUCCCCCAAAAAAAGAGAGAGGUGGAAAGAAAAAGUGUUAACUUAUUCUUGUGUUGAGCAUUCCGUGAUGCAGGAUGCUGAUGCUGCCAUAAGAAGGCGCUCUCGAGUUGUUCAUCUGACAUAAAAACCUUUAAUAAAAAUUUUUAACUUAUUAAAAUGUACUUGAACUGCAGAAGGAUUCAUGUACAUGUACAAAGCGUCAAUAAAUACAAGAAUGUG